CGGACGCAUGCCUAGUCUGACGUUUUUCUCUCUUUUUUUUUCUUAUCAUUAUUAUCAAAUUGUCAAUCCAAAAAGGUAGUAGUGUCUCGUCACGGUCGAUUCAAGUGGAGAUGUAAACUUUUCCUCUCCAUAAACCAACAUUUAGUACCUUUCCUGUGUUCUCAACCUCAAACAUGUCCAAACUUUACAGAGCUCUUGUGACCUCCGCUGAUAAAUUUGUGCCCACUAAACUUCGCCCACUUUGGGAACACGAAGCUGGGCCAAAAACUAUAUUCUUUUGGGCGCCUGCCUUCAAGUGGGCGCUAGUAGCGGCAUCUGUCGACGACUACAGGCGGCCGCUGGACAAAGUGUCCACUUCCCAGUCGGCCACGCUGGCCGCCACCGGCCUCAUCUGGACGCGGUACUGCUUAGUCAUCAGACCUAUCAACUACUCACUUUCGAUUUGCAACUUCUCACUUGGAGUUGCAAACGCAGUGCAAUGCUUUAGAGCGUAUAGGUUCCAAAAAAGUCUUAAAACCAUUGCCUAA